AUGCCUCCCAAGACCCCCACGAACAAGUCGCCUGAGAAGGCCUCGGCCUCGAGCUCCGCGGUCCCCGAGUUGACGGCUUCGGAGACCAAGCUAAUGGCCCUCGCAUUCGUGUGUCUCAGGGAAAACCCUAGCUGUGGACAUGGCAUAUUAGCACUGUACCCCACCACCACCACCACCACCACCAGAGGGAAGGAACGAAUUUGGCUAACCACCAACCCCUUCAAGCAGAUCGAUUUGGCCAAAUUUGCUCAGUUGGGCAAUUACAAGAAUGUCUCGACCGCAAGCACCGUCUGGUCGCGCAUCAAGCGCCGCGCAAUGGAGGUCGGAAAGCAGACCUUCCCCGACGCCGCGGCCUCGGACAACGCCGUCGCUACGCCUUCGACGCCCGCUGGCAAGGUUGAGCCUAAGGCUACUCCCGGCACGGCCGAGACUCCCACGAAGCGUAAGCGUGGAAGUGCCAAGGGUAAGGGAAAGACCAAGGCCGGUGAUGGUGAGGAGGCCGAUACCGAUGGCACUCCUGUGAAGAAGCAGAAGCGCACUCCCAAGAAGAAGAGUGUCAAGAAGGAGAAGGAGGAGGAGGAGGCUAAGCCCGCUGUUGAGGAGGAGGCUAAGGCUUCCGUUCAGAAGGAGGAGAACAUCCUGCCUUCUAUCGAGAAGGGCCAUGGCCAGACUGUUGUUGCCGAUGACAAGAGCGGCGAGAAGUCUGUCGUCGAGAAGGCCUAA